AUGACUUGUCUGGAUGAGAGUUUUCACUCGCCACCAAACAGUUACACAGAAAGAAGAUUAUCAUUGCCGAUGGUCGGCACCCCAAGAACAAAUAAUGCCACUAGAAGACUUGCACAAUCCGAGAGAAAGCCUGGACUCAGACAUGGUCAACCGCCAAGAGCCCCUCAACUCUCCAGAAAAAGUUGUUCAAUGUUUUUUGGGAAGGAUACGAAAGCAAAGCAGAUCACAUUAACAAGAUUCCAAUCGAUCAAUAGUUCCCGCUACAAUCCCAAUAAACCUGGAACAUUUCUCAGUCAAGCAUUUGGAGAAAAAAGAGAAAUUGGAAGCGGAUCAUUUGGAACUGUGAGUGCCGUCAAAUGUCUUCAGACGUCGAAAUCUUAUGCAGUGAAGCAAAUUUCAAAAACUAUCAAUGGAAAGUACACGGAAGUUCACUGCCAUCUGAAACUGCCAUCUCAUCCUAAUAUAGUUGAAUUUGUGGAUGCAUGGGAGGAAGACGAGGAAGUACACAUCCAACUGGAGCUCUGCGACAGAAGUCUGACUGAUCAUUGUGAAUCGAAAAAUGGAUUAACGGAAGAUGAAACCUGGAAUGUCUUUGUGGAUAUGCUCAACGGUCUUCAGCACAUGCACAAGAACAACAUGCUGCACAAUGACAUCAAGCCUGAGAACGUUUUUGUAGCGACUGAUGGAGUUUUCAAGAUCGGAGAUUUCGGACUAGUUAGGGAUUUGUCCGAGGAUAGCAAGCCACACGAAGAAGAAGGAGACUCCAGAUAUUUGUCCAUGGAAGCUCUCAAUGGAAAUUUUUCAGUCCACAGUGACAUACUCAUUUGGUAUGAGCAUGUUGGAAAUUGGAUCCAACACCCGUUUUUCAAAAAGUGGACCAAGACAACAGGAACUUCUUGUAUUGCUUCCAAAGAAUUUUGGCGAGCUGGUGAAAUGGAUGAUUGAUUCGGAUGCCGUCAAGCGACCAAAUUGUGAAUAGCUCAUGGAGCAUCCAAUCGUAAAAGAGAAACUUGAAAAAAGAAAGAUGGAUAUUGCAAAGAAUCAAAAGAAUUCGAAAAUGGAGCCCGCUGGAAUCAUUUCAGAAAAUGUUUUGAAACGAACAUUGGAUUCCGAUCAAGCGUCGCCCAGGAAACUCCCAAGACUUCAUCAGCUGUUCCAUGAAGAGGAGUCCUCAACUCAACGGAUCAAAAGGAGAAGGAUGAGUCCACUUUUCUAG